GACUUCGAGAAUCUUGUUCUGGAAGGUGGAGGAAAUAAAGGACUGGCCUACUGCGGAGCUAUAAAAUAUCUACAGGAAGUGGGGAUAAUGCAAAACAUUAAGCGAAUAGCUGGAACGAGUGCAGGAUCCAUGACAGCAGCUCUGUUCACGGUCGGAUACACCGCUGAUGAAAUACAAGAUUUCCUGGGAGGACAGAUUGCUGAUGUAUUUUUGGACCACAGAUGUGGGUAUUGUAGUCUCCUGCCAAAUUUACUUUCCGGAUAUGGAUGGAAUCCCGGGAAAAAGAUAUUCAAUUGGUUUGGGGACAAGAUGGAGAAGAAGACGGGAAAUCCUGACAUUACUUUUAAAGAGGUCUACAAACUUACUGGAAUAGAAUUAUGCAUUGUUGUGACCAACCUUAGUCAGAUGUCAACUGAAUACUGUCACCUGAAAACCACACCAGAUAUGUCGAUAAGAUUAGCCGUCAGGAUGUCUAUGGCCAUUCCAGGCAUCUACAAAGCUAUGAAAUACAAACGAAAUGGACAAACAAGCGUGUACGUCGACGGUGGUGUUUUAUGUAACUAUCCGAUCCACUGUUUUGACGGUUGGUACUUAUCCAUGGCACGCGAAGAUGGUUUUAUUCAAAAACUCCAACCACUUAGCGAAAUACCAAGGCUUUAUGACAAAAGUGAGCGAUUUGGAAAGUAUAACCCUAAAACCCUGGGAUUUUUGUUAUUUGCCGACAAUGAACAAGAUAUCUACGUUGAUGAGCGUGAUAUGGCGAGAACGGUGGGGAUAAAUACGGGGCAUAUGGGUACAACAGAUUUUGAGUUAGAAGAGGAGGAUAUGGAAUUCGUUGUUGAAAGAGGUUAUAAUGCUACCAAAGCCUAUCUGCAGUAUUAUAUAGCUAUGAACAGUCUGAAACAGAAAACAAAACCAAACAGUGAAAUUUGUGAACAAUGA